AUGCUCGCAGAGAUGGAUGAAUCGGCAUCACACCGAGACACUCGACCUCGAGGCUGCUCUCUGUACCAGAGCAUGCAAAUCGGUCGCGCGAUCACCACAUCCUCGCGCUCGACCUCGAAUACAGACGAGCUCUUUAAGGACCUACCAACAGCUGUCGAGACUGCGCAGCUGCCCCUGCCUCCUUUCUCCAAAACCCACAAGAGCAACAACAACAGCCAGCACUCACUGCCCUAUUCGCGCCGCUUCUCAGACUCGCAGGAGCUCUUGCCGGGUCAGAGCCGGAAGAGCCUGUAUCAUUAUUCGAGCACGACGAAAUUCGUCUUUGAUAAACCGGUCACAGAGAGGAGGUCUGCGGGAGGUUUGAAAGCUCUAAUGCUCGGGAAUGGGAGGGAGAAAGAUCCGGACUGGGGUGGCGUGCCGCAAACGUUGACGAGGGGGCUGAAGGAUGGGUUUCGGGACUUGAUGGUUGAUGUCCUGGGCGUGGUGGCUACGUUCCCGUUCUUCGUGUUGGGGGGCGUGUUGGCGUACCAAAAUGGUGAGGAGCUGGAGCCGAGCAAAAGACACGUUCUGGAGCAGUGUAUCAUGGGGGCUGCUACGCUGUUCCCGCUUGUGUUUUCGGUUAUAGUGGGAAGGACGAUGAUCAAGUUCGCGAGUUGGAGGCUAGAGAAGGGCGCUGAGCUUGGUCUGCUUGAGCGCUUGGUUGGAAGUCGGACAGUGGGAGGCACUAUCAUCACGCAGCUCAGACUACGCAGCAUCUCGAUAGUUGGUCUCGGAUUGAUACUGGUGUGGCUGUUGUCACCACUGGGCAGUCAGUCGGUUCUCCGGAUUCUCUCGACAUCAACAAAACCCAUCGUCUCGACCGACUUCCAGAUAUCCUAUCUGAACUUACGGCAAGCUAGUCAAGCGAGCACACCUGCUUUCAACGAGUGGUUCUCGAGCUUCGCUGCCAUGUUCACCUCCGCUAUGCUAGCUCCGCAUGCUGCGAAGAACAGCACGAUGGAUCCUUGGGGAAACGUCCGGAUACCUCUCUUCUCAAGUCUUCCGCGUAAUUCUUCAGACACCAACGGCUGGAGGCAAGUAUCUAACAAUAUCACGCCCGUAUACACAUCAUUGUUUGGCAUCCCAGUAUCGGGCCUUCCUCUCGGCAACUCAACCUUCACUAUCGAGUCCUCCUAUACAGAGCUCACAUGUUCAAACAGAACGUCCACGCUCGUUCGCGGUGCGGACUUCUUCAUAGACCCGGGUCUCAUCUCUGCCACAGGACCAUUCUACUCCUUUCAGAUCGUAUCCGACACGACGACCUGGGUCAUGGGUUACGCUGGGGACGAUGUCACUUCCCUUCUUCCAAAUGCCACAGUACAAAGCCUGGAUAGCCUUCCCUCAGACACAACACUACAGACCUUCAGCCCCGGUUUCCUCCUCUACCAGGACUUCACGGGCACCGCGAAUGUGACCUCUCUCUACUGCAUUCCUUCGCAAGCUUACGUCGAAUCCAUCGUUAUAUGCAGCAAAUCCUCCCUCACCACAUCCGCCACCUGCGCCGUGACCGCGCAGCGGAACUCCGUCCUGGCGCAUAUGCCUACUGCACUAACGCCAUUCUCCCUGAACGCGACGUGGCUCGCCAUCACCGCGCUGCUCCCAUUCACCACGCCAAGCGGGAACAACAUCGACCUGAUCCAGAACUACCUCGUCAACCCGAACUCAAACCCGUACAUCGAAUCCACGCCCAUCGUCUCCGCAUCAUCCCUCGCCAACGACAACAAAAACAACACAAGCGAAAGCCGCUUCCUAAACCAAGUCACCCUCCCGGAAUUCAGCCACCGCCUUACUCAAAUCCUCAACACCUUUCUCCAAGGCACCCUACCCAGCUCACCCUCCUACCUCAAAGGCGACCAGCAGCUCUCUCCUUUAGCCUCAGAAUCGCCAUCAGCAUCAGCGUCAGCAUCAAAAUCACCACCAGCCACACCUCCACCCGCAUCACUAUCCGCCCAGCUCUCAAACGCACCAGCAACACUCACCGUCCCCAGCACGCACACCACCACCUCCCUCCAGCCGACCCUCACGACUUCCUACACCUGGCUUGCCCUUUACCUCCUCUCCACGCUCGCCACCCUCCUCUGCGCCCUCGCCGCAGCCCUCAUCCGCCGGCAGUGCCGCGCCCGCGACUCCCUACCCUACGUCUCGUCGCUCUGCCGCGAGGUCCUGCAGCCCGGGGGCGGCGGCGCCGCCCUGGACGGCCUGGAGCGCAGCCGGCGCUGCCAGGGCCAGCGCGUCCGCCUGGGGGAUCUGGGCCAGGUGCCGGGCCGCGGCGUCGAGGUUGGCACCGGGGUCAGGCUUCCGGUCGGGAGGCUGGGGAUUGGGCCGUGUGAUGGGAGGGUGGGAGGGUUGGUAAGGGGGAAGCUGUAUCUGUAA